CAUCCACCUGCUCGCGGUACAGGGAGCCCAGGAGAGGCUCUUCCCGGCCCAUUCGCGCCGCGCAGGCGCAAGCCUACGCUGCGUCUAGACGCCCGACCCUGAGCGUCCCGUCUCCUAGUAACCAUCAGCGAGACCCCCUACCCCACCACUUUCUUACUCCAGCCGCGGCUGCCGCACCUGGAUGGAACGCGCAUGCGCGGUGCAGUCUCUCGCUGGCAGUCCCUCAGCUCUGGGACACCUGCUGCUUGAGGCAGUGGCUUUGUGUCACUUUUCCUAGGGAUCGGGCUUCGUUCUGGACUCACGUUCAGUGAAACGGUUACUCCCCAGAGUUGCUCUUCGGCGCGGCUCCUGCCACAGCCAGGAGGCUGUUCCUGAGGGAGCCUCCAGGUUGGGUCCUCCCACUGCAGCCUCCAGGGAACGAGCCCGCCGGUCCCGUUUUUUUGAUGCUGUAUAAGUCUGUGCCUGUCAAAAAUAAGUUCAUGUUUGAGAAAACUAACAAUUCCUGUUUCUUGUAAUCAAAUUGAAGAAACGUUUCAACUACUUAAAAAGGUGUCUUCAAACAACCUUGAUAUUUGUUCAACUGUCCCAAUGGGAUUUUCAUUUAGUAAAUCUGCUACUCAGGUAUCUGCCAUGCGAAUGGAUUCAAAAGUGGACAGUCACUUAAUGCAAGGGACUGAGAAAAGCAGGUUGAAACCAGUGACUCGUUUAUUUCAAAACACCAAGAAAAUAAGGUUAGAAGACACAAACCAAGAAAACUUUUCAAGUAUUGAAGGAAUUGGUCCAGGAUCUCUUUCAAAGAAAGCCUUGGGUUCAGUGGUAUAUGUUAAAGAAAGUGAUGGACUAGAAAUGACAGAUGUGGAAUGAAGUAUCAUACACAUAUUACCAAAAAAAUCCAAAAAACUGCCUUUGAUAAGUGGAGGUGUUGAAUGAGAACUGAACCUUAUUGGGAAAAUCUAACAAAAUGAAGGAAGGUUAGUAUCUUAUAUUUUAUUAUUUAUGAGUCAUCUUAAACUAUAUUUUUUGAUGGUGCAAAAACUGUGCAAGGUCCUGGGUUCCACCCUCAGUAACUAAUAUACACACAUACACACACAUUUGAACUUGUUCCUGUACUGUAAUAUUUAAUAAUUCUGUAAUACCCAACUGCAUAAUCUUCUCAAUAUUCAUAUUUUAAAAAGAGGAAAAGGCAUGAUUUCAGGGAAUAAAAAUAUUUUGUAACAGAAAAAUGCUAAAUGUAUUUGUAGAUAUUAUAUAAAGCAAUUUGCAGUUGCUUUAAGGGAAAAAAAAUAGCCUUCCAAAAUUCAAGGCAGAUUUCUCUGGGAUUAUAUUCUAUCUUUGUUAAAAAAAAAAUAGAAUAUUUUAGCAACAGUAUUUGAAAUGCAAAACUUUUUGCUAUGCUUUUUAUGAAUUUCUUUAACAAGUGGUGGUGGGAGGGGCAGAGUGUUCAAGCAAUUCCACACCAGUAUUUUAUGUUAUUUAUGCUGUACCAUUUUUGUAUGUUGCAUCUUCAAUUUGGGAUUUUUCCUUAGGAUACUUUGCCUUCCUAUAAUUUUGCAUUUCUGUUCUGUAAAAGAUUCCUGCAGAUAAACUCUACAACCAACCAAUAAAUUACAUAGCUUCAGAAGCA